AUGAAGCACGCGUUAUUUUCUUUCUGCAUACUACUCGCCUUGCGGGAUGUGGCCGGGGGACCGAAUCCUGCGAUAACACCCCGCUCCGAACUUUCGCUUGACGAGAUUGCGAGACGGUACACGAGACGAACGGAACAUGGUUUGCAUCUGCCAAUUGUGAGGACAAGUUCACCAAGCUUGGAGCGGAGGGCCGGGGCGACAGCUGCGAUAGGAUUAGGGGACUUUAUUGAUGUUACGUAUUCUGUCCUCCUAACUAUUGGUGCCAUCACGACACCUCUUAUUCUCGACACUGGCUCAUCAGACCUAUGGGUUAUGUCGGACGCUUGCUCUGUAGGCUGCACGGGUGGCGUUGGUGUAUACCCCCAGUCAAGUUUCAGGUAUGCCGGAGUUGAUGUCGCGCUCCUGUACGGCGAUUCUACCACUGGAACUUUCGCGCAAGGCGUCAUCGGCGAGGACACGGUAGACCUCGCCGGCUUAACGCUGGACAAUCAGUUUUUCGCUGCUAUCAACAGGACGAAUACGAGCAUCGCCCAAGCAGGUUCAGCGGGUAUAUUUGGUCUGGGGUUCCCCGUCAACAGUGUAAUAUGGAAUAAUUUAUUCACAGCGGGCGCUGAGGGAAGUGAAGAGAAAUCGUCCAAGCAGAAACGACAAGACGAACCAGUCUAUCCCGCUACCCAUCCUACCAUCAAACUGGGCUCACCCUUCCCCUCAUUCGAUCUCCGUAUGCCAAAGUUCCCCAGUCUGCCAGCGACGCUCGGCGAGGCCCCAGCUCGUCACGGGACGCGCCAGACCGCGCCCAGACAGACGACUUCUAACAGGAUGUACAACGUGUUUGCGUCGUACAAGACGAUCGCGCCAUUCCUGCCGCGGCUGGUGGCGAACAGCGUACUUGAGCGACCGAUGUUCAGCGUCACGUUGCAGCGGGACACGGUUGACAUUGGCGGCAAUGUGGGGAUGCUGAGUAUCGGGGAAUUACCUGAAGGGGUGCAGAAUGAGAAUAUGACUUGGGUGCCACUGCGCGAGUAUACGUCUUCAGAGGGCGGGUUGCCUGCGCCCCCAGACGCUCCUGAGGAAGUUUACCCUAUCACUUGGGAAGUUAUGCUUGACGGUGUCUUUUUCGAUGGCGAACUUCUACCUCUUUCUUCGCUCUCCGACUCUAGCAUCCAACUUUCUGCACUCAUAGACACGGGUAACUCGCUCAUUCGCGGUCCAGCAGAUGUUAUCGACCAAAUUCAGAAAAAGUUGGGCGUCAAUGGUUUAUUCCCAUGUUCUAUCCCGCACACCCUUGCGUUCAAGAUUGGAGGACAAAUGUUCCCUGUCGACCCUCGCGACUUUGUUUCUCAGGCAUUCCAGAAUAACGUGAAGACGUGCUCGUCAAAUUUAGUUGCGACAGACGCUCCGUCUGUGGGUGGAUAUCAGUUUGGAUGGAGUUUGGGGACACCGUUUUUGAAAGGUGUUCUGUCCGCGUAUUACUAUGGGAAUUUGACGUACCCCAGUCAGGACCCGCCCAAGAUGGGAUUCCUCUCCACUGUUCCAACUGAUGCAGACCAGCGGCUACGAGACGCUGUCGCAGCUGCCGCCAAAGCAGAUGACAAUUUCCCUGCUAUUACGGAAUCCGCACCCUCAGGAGCGGCAAAACACGUACCGACAAACUCGAAUGGGAUAGCGCAGUCUACUGCUACAGGGGGGUCGCACGCCUCCAACGGCGCCAGCAACGCGGCUCGUAUAUACGGCCUACUCAGCUCCUCCUGGUUUUCGACAGGGAUGUCUAUCCUCUUCGCCCUCUCGUUCUCGUCUACAUCCACAGCGCUUUCAAUAUGA